CAAGGUGAAAGCAACCAACACUAAUUUUCUAAUAACAAAAAUAAAACAAUUCCUAUUUGGUGCACAUGUGUGAGACAGACAGAGAUAACAACAUAGUAAUGUUAACUCAAAACAUUCUACAGCUAUUUAGGAUUGAUAUAUUCUAAAUUACAUUUAAAAUUUAAAAUAAAGUGAAUUUAGUGAAAGUGAAUUUCGCGAGAAGGAAUUAUAUCGUGUAGUAAAUUAUUGCGACAUAAAUAUGGCAUUUGCAGGACUGAAAAAGCAAAUAAACAAAUGUAAUCAGUAUGUCACUGAAAAAAUGGGAGGUGCGGAAGGCACAAAACUGGAUUUGGACUUUAUGGACAUGGAAAGGAAAACCGAUGUAACAUAUGAAUUAGUGGAAGAGUUACAAACCAAAACUAAAGAAUUUUUACAACCAAAUCCGACGGCGAGAGCUAAAAUGGCAGCAGUUAAGGGAAUAAGCAAACUUAGUGGUCAAGCUAAAUCGAACACGUAUCCUCAACCAGAAGGUGUUCUAGGAGACUGUAUGCUUUUAUAUGGUCGAAAAUUAGGAGACGACAGUAUGUUUGGACAAGCUCUUGUGGAAAUGGGUGAAUCUCUGAAACAAAUGGCGGACGUCAAAUAUUCGCUGGACGAUAAUAUCAAACAAAAUUUCUUGGAACCUUUACACCAUUUACAAACGAAGGACCUUAAAGAAGUUAUGCACCAUCGGAAAAAACUGCAAGGGCGUAGGCUAGAUUUUGAUUGCAAAAGAAGAAGACAAGCAAAAGCUUCUAAGACUCCAAGUCCCUAUUCUAGUCCAAUUAGAACACAAAGGCGGUCUUCUGGUUCACAUAUUACAGAUGAAGAAAUCAAAAUGUCCGAAGAUAAAUUCGCAGAAUCUCUCCACUUAGCUCAAAUGGGAAUGUUUAAUUUAUUAGAAAAUGAUGUAGAACAAAUUUCACAGUUAGCAACGUUUGCUGAAGGUUUAUUAGAUUACCACAGUCAGUGUACUGAGGUACUUAGAAGCCUAACAGAAACUUUAUUAGUCAAGAAGGACGAGGCGGCAAAUCGUCCGAAAAUGGAGUUCGUUCCGAAAACGUUGGGUGAUUUGAAUAUAGAAGGUGUAUCGGAUGGAGUAAAUGGUACAAAUCAUCACAAUUCUCUAUCAAUCACACAUAAUAAUCUAAAGCAACGUCCGAGACCUUUACCCAAACAAAUUCCUCAAUAUACCAGACCUGACCCUUUUGACCCUUGGAGUUCCGUAACAGAUGUCUUGUUAGGCUCUUCCCAGGUGUCUUCACCGCAACAUAAGCCUCAGGUGCAACUAGAUUUACGUCCUGGGCAACACUCCGCGAAUGCCUCACCAUUGCCGUCCCCCAUGAAAUCACCUGCACGAACGCCUAUAUCACGGACUCCAUGUUGUACCGCGUUGUACGACUUUGAUCCAGAAAAUCCAGGAGAACUUGGCUUUAAGGAAAAUGAUGUAAUAACACUUAUAAAUAAGAUCGACGAGAAUUGGUUUGAAGGAAGCUUUAACGGACGUACGGGAUACUUCCCUGUGACUUACGUUAAAGUAGAUGUACCGCUACCAUGAGUUACCGGUUAAGAGCAACUGCCAAGUAUUUUUUAAUUUGUUUGUUUGUUUGAUAAAAGUACUAAAGGCCUUUUUUAAAACCACCGAAUUUAUAUUUGAUAUUGUUUGGUUCGUCUAUUAGCAAUAUUAAUUUUGAUAAAUAAUAUUUCUUAUACUCGUACUAUGUGGUACACAUUGCCAAUAUACAUAUAAUUAUCAAUUAAUGAAGUACAAGAACUGUUUUAAUAUAUUUAUCCAAAUUGAUUUUUAAUUGCUUACUCUAUUUUAAUAUCUUAAGUCAGUAAUUUAAUUAUAUCAGUAGUAUUUGAAGCUGACGUAGAAUGUUGGCCAAUACUUGUGAUAAUGAACGUUGCAUAAGACGCAUGCUACUGUGAUGCAUGUAUCUGUUAGGUCGAUAGUAACAAAUUUUUUGUUGUAAUUCUUUUGUCAGUUCCCACAUAAAAAUUUACAACUGUCUCAUGUUAUGCUGAUGCAACAUCUUAAAAAAACUUCUUCAGUUAUUAGGUGGAUUUGCAAUAUUUACAAUAAUUCAUUUUUGAAGUCACCAUGUUAAUUGCUCUUGUACCCACAUCUAGUCGGCUAAGUGAGUGAAUUUUGUUCGUAAUUCACCUAAUAAUAAGUUAGAUACAUGCAAAGUUUCAAAGACAGUAAUCGAUAUGAGCAUAUUAUUGUUAGCAUUUGCUCAUAUGCUGUGAAACUGAUAAGGUAGAACACAAAAUGGUAGCAGACGUCGAUAAUUAAACUAUACCAGAUACCUAUUCGAGAAGCCGCAGACUUCACCUCCGAAAUACAUAUCCCGUCUAAUUGAAUUGUCGCGAUGCUACCAUUCUGAGUUUUUAUGUUAGGAUGUAUAUAUUCUUUACAUCAAAUAAUUAGUUGUAAGUAAAAAAUAAUUUAUAAGAAUAUGAAAAUUAUAAUAAUAUGAAGCAAAUGUGAUUUUUACUAUGUUUACAAUGAGACAGAUUCCUAUUGUAUAAUUUGGCGUUAGUAGCCACUUUAAAUUUUGUAAACGAUCUUAAUUCGUUUAAUUGUGACCACGAUCGUAAUAUGAAUACUCAAUUAUUACAUGUUAAUUUUCUUAUUAUACCUAGAUUUCAAGUAACGUUGCAAAGAUUAUGUUACAAAAUAUUGUUUUUUAUAUUUAUACGUGUUUAGUGCUUAACCACUUGCCUUAUUAUGCAAGUUAAUUAUCCAACUUGCCUGUAUUCUGAGUAUGUACCUGUAAUGAAACAUUAUUAUUGAUCUACCACAAAUGCGUUGUAUAACUCACCAACCUUGUACAAGAAUGUGCGAGAAUGCUUUUAUGAACAAGUCUUUCAAUACUUUUUAGUGUGGUUGUCAAAUAAAAGCGCAUUCAACUACCAAUUUUGCAGUACUAAGUAGAAUUUCUUACUUCAAUUACUUAAACGGCAUUUUAGUUCUUAGUGAAAAUUAAAAUCGUUUUUUAUAAAAAUUCGUUAAGAUGUAAAGUCCUAUUGGGCAUGCUGAAUGUUGAGAGUUUAUAUAGUCCGUUGUUGUUAUUUUAAAUUAAGGUUAAAAUUAGGUUUUGCGGGAAAUUGAUAAACCAGUGAGGUCUAAGUUGCGAUUGUAGGAAGAUGUCAUAACCGUUAUACGACUGUGAUAUUCUUUUUCGUCUCAGUGCUUUAUUAGAGAGUAGUGGAAAAAAUUACUUGCACUUUAACUAUUUUAGUAUAAUGGGGUUGGUCAUUCAUUUAUUUUACGUCGAACAUUUAAUGCGGCAAGUGGUUAAAUAUAUUUAACGUGGAGAUUUGACCGUGUCUCCACUUUGUAAUUGUUUCUCGUUGCCAUUAUACCCGUAGAACUCGUAUAGAUGUAUUUCUUAUAUAUUGAUGGAAAUAAAACGCCAGAUGAAACCUAAAAAAAAAUCUGUCGUGUAUGUUACCUCUAUUAAGAAGUAAAAAUGUUGGGCAGGCUAAAGUAUAAAUACUUCUUAACAUCUGGUUUAUGACAAUACAUUAGAUGUAAAUUCAUACCUAUGUAAUCCAGUUAAGACUACUGUGCUGUUAUAUCAUGCCUAUCAAAGGAAAUCUAUGUUUUAAACGUAUUUUUAUCUCAUAAGUAAGCCUGUUGUAAUGGAAAUAUUUCCACUGUUCUUUGGCUAUUAUCAUAAAUGAUCUCUUAACAUAAAAAAUUGUAAGUGUGAUGUUGCUUUGCCGUAUUAAUAGUGAAUAACUUUAUAUUUUAAACAUGGAUUUAUGUGGCAGAUUUAUAUAACACAUUUUGUACUCACCUAUUUGGCUUAUUUCGCAUCGUUUAAUUGAAAAUUAGUUACCAUCUGUAACUAUCAUACAUGUACAGUAACCACAUACAAAAUAUGUAAUAUAAUGCCUAUUUUAUUUUCCAAGUUGCCAUACCUUGUGCAUUCAGAAGAAAGAAAAAUACGUGUUUCGAAUUGUAGUCAAUUGCUAUUGUAUUUUUCUUAGGUGGUAGAUUCUACCAAAUGAAAAUAAUCUAUUGUUAACAGUUAUGUAUACAGUUCAAGUGUUAUGUAUUGUACAUUAAUAAAAAUAUGUCGCAAUUCA